AUGUCUAUCCCACACAACGCUCUUCCCGCCGCUGUCAAGCUUCGCGAGUCCGCUCUCACUGCCUUCAAAACUUAUCAGGACAUGAAAGAGGGACUGAACAGCGCUGCCGCUCCCACCAUUCUUGGCGUAGCCGCUAAUUACUGUGACAUAAGAUGGUACACGGUGGAUGGUAAGGUGAACCGCAAGUUCGUUCUCUAUGAACCGCAAAUGUACGUGCUCGGUACUUCGAGUUCGGACGAGUCUGCCAACUCCUUGCUCAUCGACAACCCUCUGUACAGGGAGAUCUUAGCGCGCGCACAUGCUGCUGUUACCAACCGCAUGCCGGCUUAUCCCACCCUUGCUUAUUUCAAGCAGCAAGAGGUCGAUCUUCGUGAACGCGUUCUUCUUAGCAUGCAGCGCCUCGACUUGGAGCUUCGUCUUCGCGAUGUACUUGUCGCUGAUUACGAAAUUGCCCUUGCCCAGAUUGCUGAGCGUGAAGUAACUAAGGAGUAG